AAGAAACUUCCGCCACGCAGCUCGCGAUAGCCCCAAAGCAAGAGCCCGAGUGCAGGCAGGAGGGGGAUUUCCAGCUCGAGCCCCCACUUCCCGAAGCAGCCGUUGUUUUGCUUUCGAUCUGAAUACAGAAACAGAGAAAAACGACGGCCAUACUUUCCCUUUUUCUACUUUAAACCACCGAUAAGUGAAGUUGUAUAAUUGGAGCUGCGCGUGUUGUUGUGACAGCAGGACUGCGAGGCUGCAGGCCGUCCAGACUGAUAAGGUAACAUCUUAUUUCCGCAUGUUAACGCUACUGACUUCCCGCAGGACGACAUGACGGCUGCCGGCCCCCUGUGAGACGAUGCCCACAGAGAGAAUGAGGAUGCGGCCGUGGCUGGAGGAACAGAUCGACUCCUGCCAGAUACCGGGACUCAAAUGGGUCAACAAAGAAAAGCGGAUAUUCCAGAUCCCGUGGAUGCAUGCAGCGCGUCACGGCUGGGACCUGGAGAAAGACGCUCCGCUCUUCAUGAGAUGGGCCAUACACACCGGUAAAUAUCAGAUCGGCAUAGACCGCCCUGACCCGAAGACGUGGAAGGCGAACUUCCGCUGCGCCAUGAACAGUCUGCCGGACAUCGAGGAGGUGAAGGACAAAAGCAUCAAGAAGGGAACCAACGCAUUCAGAGUGUACAAGAUGCUCUCCUCCUCCGAGAGGAUGAUGAAGAAAGUGGAAAAGAAGAAGACCGACAAGGAGGGGAAGCCAAAAAGGAGUAAAGAGCAGGCAGGUUCUCCGUCUCCGAUCAAGCAGGAAGCACUAGAGUUCACAGUGAUCGACAGCGUCUCAGCACUACAGUGGUUUCAGCCUUUCCGUCCAAACACACCCAGCGAGUGCUCGGUAGGAGACCAUGUGAUCACCAGCGAGCAGCUACCGUUCGUCUGUCAGACCAUCGAGGUGACCACUGAGAACGAGGAGCAGACCGUAAGCUCCUCCCAUUCGUACCCGCUGCAAAUCUCUCCUGUGUCCUCAUGCUGCGGCAGCGACACGGACAGUGACACAGAGGGGCUCAGUGUAGUCUGGAGGCAGGACUACAACACAUCAGUUCUCAGGGUUCCCUCAUGUUCUCUCCCCGGCAUGGCCACCUUCGUCACCGCGAGCAAGCCCAACUUCAGGGUCACCAGCACGCGAGACCCCACCCCCCUCAUCAGCUACCACACCGGGGAAGUAGACGGCUGGACGGCAGCUUACGGCCAGAACUCUGAGUCUGCAGCGACCGGCCUCACACACGAGAUGCGCGCCAGUGUCAUAAUGAAAACCUCGGACGUGAACAGCUCCUGACCUCUGACCCCGGAUGAGGGAGCAUCAUCACAGCUUCCAGGGCAUAGGAAUGACACAGAGUAGGAAAAGCAGCGCCGAGCCAAAACGGGUCGAGGUUCAAAACCUUUGAUUCUUUUGUAGCUUCUCUGGGUGAUGAAUUCUCAUUUUAAGAGGAGGAACUACUGACUGGUGGUAAAAAGUACCCACAAAAAUACCAUUUGUAUAAUACUCACGGUGGUAAUUAAAUUAGAAUUAAUAACACCAAAACUACACUUGUUUACACUCUCACACAUCUGGUGCGGAAUAAUUCAUCUCUCAUUUAUGCCGUUGAAUGCUCACUACAAAAACCUCCAUUCUCUGUAAAACCUUCUUGUUUUACACUUGCACAGAAAGUCUCACACUUUUGUGCUUCGUGAGCCCAAAGUGUCCUUAGUCCAUCGUGUUUGUGCUAACACUUUAGCACACAUAAUGUCAAAUGGAAGAAAUUAGUAACUUUUAUCCAAUGAAAGAAAAUGAACUUAAAGUUGUGAGGAUGGCAUAAUGUUUUUGAUUGCACAACCUAGUAGAUGAGUGCGUUUUUAUCAGUGUUUCCUUACUUAAGGUUUAAAACCGUCACCUCAUAUUCAUCUACUCUGCUAUGAUUUUUAGCCGUGCACAGUUUCAACUCAAACUGAUGUGUCUCAAUUGGGACACUUCCCUUGAUGCACUGCCAUGUCCUACACUAUGAACACUUCAUAGCAGUGUGUGAAUUUAGACCAGAGUUGUCUCACAAAGCACACACCGCUGCGCUAGUAUACAGACAUACAAAUUAGCGGUAGCUUCUUUUCCAAACUAAUAUAUUCGUAUGCUUAUUAAAGCCUGAAAAAAAAACAGUUUCACUUUUUAUUGUUAGUGCUAUGUUUACCGCGGCAACAACAAUCGCUGCUGGUUUGCGUUGCUUCCGAUACGUUGCCGAGAUGGCGAUCGUUGAGUGUUAGAAGUGUCCAGCGUUCCACAAAAAAAUGUUGACCGUUAUGAGUGCGCCCUCCAGGUACUCGCAUUUUCCCAUACAUUGCUUUCGGACACAUUUAUGCACUCAAAACAGCAAGUUAAAGAAUUUAAGUACAAGAACAUUUGCUAAUAGUUGAACACAGGAAGUUGUUUAUGUAUUACAGUUAACAAAUCUCGCUCACAUUUAGCCACACUUCCUAAGACUCCUCACAAUACAGAGAACAAAUCACCUGCCCUCUCCAGGCAGAUCGCACUACUUGGAAGUAAGAAACGUGUUCACACCAAAGCAAUGAACACUUCCUAGGAAUUCAUCUCUCAGUUGGCAAACCGGCUCUACCACAGAAAGCUGCUGAAAGAAUCAAAGGCAUGUUGUUAUCAAGACUGACGAACAUUGUGAAGCCCUGAUUGGCCCCGCAGUGGAAACAGACGUGUGUGUGUAUCCGUCUGUGUGUGUGUGUGCAGACCUCAGGACUCUACCCACCAACACACACACAGGCUAGGAACUAUUUAUCCUCCUCCUCUCCUCCUGGUGUUAAUCAUGUACAUAGCUCAUAUGUAUGAAUGCCUGCAAGCCGCUUCAGAACCUUAAUGACAGCACUAGUGUGUUUGAGUGUGUGUAUGUAGCCUUUUUGAAGAUGUGUGCCUUUUAAUAACGGUGGCUGGAUUCAAACUAGCCGUGCUUCAGUCGGCCAUGACAGGCGCAGGUAGCUUUCAGGACAUUUCAUCUGCCCUGUGUGUGUUUGUGGAUACCGACAGUUGUAGUGGGGAGCAUGGAGGAGUGGUUAACCCUUCUACCAUUGACCUAGUUAAUUUAGUAACAAUAUAUCAAACGUCCUCAUAUGUUAAAUAACUAUUUAACCUCCGUGCCUCACUUUCUGAUUAGUUUGGGACAAAAAUGUGUCCUUAUCAUAAAUACUAUACAGUUGCAAGAAAAAGUAUGUGAACCCUUUGGAAUGACCUGGAUUUCUGCAUAAGUUGGUCAUAAAAUGUGUUCUGAUCUUCAUCUAAGUCACAACAAUAGACAAACACAGUCUGCUUAAACUAAUACCACACGAACAAUUAUAUGUUUUCAUGUUUUUAUUGAACACACCAUGUAAACAUUCACAGUGCAGGGUGGAAAAAGUAUGUGAACCCCUAGGCUAAAG